AUUCAUAUCUACACAGAACCAUGGUGUUUGUAAAGUCUUGGGAAGAUUUCGAGAUAGCGGCCGAAAAUAUGUACAUGGCCAAUCCGUGCCAGUGUCGGUUUACGAUGAAGUACACGCACAACCGGGGAGCGGUGUUGCUGAAGCUGACCGACAAUGCCAAAUGUGUACAGUACAAAACAGAGGUCCUGUCGGAGUUGCGACGAAUCGAAAAGUUUUCCGGCAAUCUGAUACAGAUGAUGGCAUCGAAGGAGUAGUCACGACGAGACGGAUGU